CAAAGAGGCAAAGAACCUCAAGAAACAAAGAAUAGAGAGAUGGGGAGGGUGAAGCUUCAGAUUAAGAGAAUUGAAAAUACCACAAAUAGGCAGGUCACUUUCUCCAAAAGGAGAAACGGACUUAUCAAAAAAGCUUAUGAACUUUCUGUUCUCUGUGAUGUUGAUGUAGCUCUCAUCAUGUUUUCCCCGUCAGGAAGAGUCAGUCACUUUUCAGGAAAUAAGAGCAUUGAAGAGAUUCUGGCACGGUAUGUUAAUCAUCCUGAGCAUGAGCGAGGACGGCUGCACAACCAAGUGAAUCUCCGAAGAGUUCUUGGUAAGCUAAAGGGGGAAGCAGAUCGAACCUAUAAAGAAGCCAGCCCAGCGAGUACUGAUUCACAACUUGAGGAGAUUCAACAAGAAAUCCUUAGCUGUAAAUCCCAAAUGGAAGAUAUGGAGAACCGACUAAGAAUAUUUGAAGGAGAUCCUUUGGAAAUCACAACAUUGUACGAGGUUGAGUUUCGGGAGCAAAUCCUUAAAGAAACUUUAAGACGUGUGCAUUUGCGCAAGGUAUAA